CAAAAUAAAUGGCAGAUGUGCAGUGCGUCCGGAGGGGCGGCUAGACAAGCAAUGAUGGCGUCCUCGGCUGCUCGCUGCUCCUCACGCUGGAUUACAGUUAUCGUGUCCGCUGGACAACGCCGGGCCGCGGCUGCUGUUGUCUGCACUGGCCAUGGAGGGGUCCGCAGUAUUUCUACAGUGGGAGCGGAAAAACUGUGGCGAGGAGGGGGCCUGCUGUCUGGUGGAGCAGGGAAAGCGUUGACAUUGAGAGGGCUGUCAGGUCUCAAAUCGCCCCAUGCUCUCGGCACACACUCCUUUCACACAAGUGCCCCUGCUAGCAGCAAGCAGGACUUCUACCAGAUCCUUGGGGUACCUCGCACGGCCACCCAGAAAGAGAUCAAGAAAGCCUACUACCAGAUGGCCAAAAAGUACCACCCUGACACCAACAAAGAUGACCCACAAGCCAAGGAGAAAUUUGCUCAGCUGGCUGAAGCUUAUGAGGUCCUCAGCGAUGAAGCAAAGAGGAAGCAGUAUGAUACGUAUGGCUCAGCGGGCUUUGACGCUGGACAGGCUGGUGGAGGGCAGCACUACUGGUCCGGACAGGCCAGCAGCGUCGACCCAGAGGAGCUCUUCCGCAAGAUCUUUGGGGAAUUCUCAGGAGGACGUGGGUUUGGAGACUUCAAUGCCAUAUUUGAUCAGCCACAGGAGUACAUCAUGGAGCUGACGUUCACUCAGGCAGCAAAGGGAGUCAACAAAGAGAUGUCUGUUAAAAUAGAUGCGGCCUGCCAGCGCUGUGAUGGUAAGGGCCACGAGCCAGGCACUAAGGUCCAGCACUGCCACCACUGCAACGGCUCUGGCAUGGAGACUGUGAAUACAGGCCCAUUUGUGAUGCGUUCCACGUGCCGCCGCUGUGGCGGCAAAGGCACAGUCAUUUCCACCCCCUGUCACUCCUGCCGUGGGACAGGACAGACCAAGCAGAGACAGACUGUGAUGGUUCCUGUGCCUGCAGGAGUGGAGGAUGGUCAGACAGUCAGAAUGCCAGUUGGUAAGAAGGAGAUCUUCAUCACGUUCAGGGUCCAAAGAAGUCCAGUGUUCAGGAGGGAAGGUGCAGACAUCCACUCUGACCUUUAUGUCUCUGUGGCACAAGCCAUUUUGGGCGGCACAGCCAGAACACAGGGCCUUUAUGAAACACUCAACUUAUCAAUCCCUACAGGCAUCCAGACAGACCAGAGGAUCCGACUUGCAGGAAAGGGAAUCGCUCGUGUCAGUGGCUAUGGCUUUGGAGACCACUACGUCCAUGUUAAAAUAAAAAUACCCAAGACACUGACAGACAGACAGAAAGCUCUGCUAAUGAGCUAUGCUGAGGAUGAGACAGACGUGGAGGGGACGGUGAACGGAGUCACUGCAACCACCACAGGUAAAAGAUCCUGGAACUGAGAGGCUCCACCAACGGGUUCGUGGGCAGAGAGGAGGACAGUGUAACUCGAAGACAGCGACAUUAUAGAAAAAGGGACCGAGGUUUGAGAAGUAGUGGGUGAUGGAUGAGGCCUACAGGGGUUCUCGAUGGAUCAGUACGGACCUUGCUACCUUGCCCUGCCGAGGAUAAAUAAGAGGAUUACCUGCUCUAUUCCCCUGCACAAGUGGAUCAACACACAAGCAGAUGUUCCAGUGCACCAAUCACCUCUGUCAAAUGUCCAUGGAGGCUAUUUUGGAAGCAAAGACCGGUCAUUUAUAAUGGUAGUCUUUGCACGUUGGUUUUCUGCUGUUUGCCAUAAGAAAAACAUGAUGGUGGUAACAGAAUCCAUGUGCACAAAAAUAUAUUGUAUUGACAAAGACUACAAAUACAGUCAAAAGUUUUUAUUCAGGAUUAAAUGGCCCUCCUGUUAUUAAUCCUUUUGUUCUGCAUGCCUUGGUUGUGUUUUCAUGAAUUUCUCCUAAGAUUCUCAGCACUUAGUCAGUCCUUACAGGUUGAACAAUGUCAGACUACGUGUUUACUUUUGACUUUCAGUGUUCUCUCUCUGAUGGAGGAUUAAACUGUGGAAAUGUUAGCCUUUCCUGAACUAUGAACACUGAUAACCCUUAUCUGUCCCUCUUUUAACCCGUUGCAUUAUGAGAGAGAUACAGCUUGGGAGUUCUGAACCAUAAUUACAUUUGUACAUAGUUAGAUUAUGUAUGCAGCAAU